AAAUCCAGGUUGACCAUGUCUCCUCCAGUCCCUUCAGACCUGGGCUACGUGCCCCCUGACGGCGGAUGGGGGUGGGCAGUGGUGUUUGGAGCUUCCAUCUCAGUUGGCUUUGCAUAUACCUUUCCGAAAGCUUUCACAAUCUACUUUAAAGAGCUCCAGGCUGUUUACAGCAUCUCCUACAGCCAGAUUGCCUGGAUAACAUCCAUCAUGUGUGCUACCACCUACGGAGGAGGUCCCAUUAGCAGUAUUUUAGUAAACCGCUAUGGCAGCCGACCCGUGGUUAUAUUCGGAGGCCUGCUGUGUGGCAUUGGGAUGGUCUCAGCCGCCUUCUGCACCAGCAUCCUGCAGCUCUACAUCUGCGUGGGCUUCAUUACAGGAUUCGGCCUUGCUCUCAACCUCCAGCCGUCAGUGAUAAUCAUAGGGAAAUACUUUUUGAAGAGAAGGCCCAUCGCAAAUGGCCUUGCUAUGGCAGGGAGCCCCGUGAUGCUUUGCACCCUGGCUCCUCUCAACCAGUUCCUGUUUGACAAUUUUGGCUGGAGGGGAAGCUUUUUAAUUCUUGGGGCGAUUUUAUUACACUGCUGUGUGGCAGGAGCUCUCUUCAGACCCAUCGGGGCAGCCACAACGCCAGUCAAACCCCAGGUGACUGGGAAAGGGAAGGAUGCUCUGAAAGAAGAGGUCACUGAAGAUGCCAUGGAAAUGGGUAGUCCCACCAAAGUCCCUAUGGAGGACAAAGUGGAAGAGGAAGGAGGAAAGGCAUGUUGUGAAAAGAUCAAUCAGUACCUUGAUUUUUCCCUCUUUAAGCACAGAGGGUUCUUGAUUUACCUGAUUGGAAAUGUGCUUAUGUUCCUGGGGUUUUUUGCCCCCAUUGUUUUCCUGGCACCCUAUGCAAAGCACAUCGGCAUUGAUGAAUAUUCAGCUGCUUUCCUCCUUUCGAUCCUUGCAAUCGUGGAUAUGAUUGCCCGACCUACCACUGGCAUCAUUGCAAACAGCAAGUGGGUGAGGCCACAGAUUCAAUACUUUUUCAGCUUCUCCAUUGCUUUCAACGGCACCUGCCACCUUCUCUGCCCGCUGGCUUCUGGCUACAUGGGACUCGUCAUCUACGCCAUCUUUUUUGGCUUGGCCUUUGGGAUGGUUUGUGCCAUGCUCUUUGAAACACUUAUGGACCUUGUGGGAGCUGCCCGGUUCACCAGCGCUGUUGGCCUGGUCACCAUUGCGGAGUGCUGCACAAUAUUGCUGGGACCACCUAUUGGAGGAACUCUUAUUGAUACCUUUGGGGACUAUAAAUAUAUGUUCAUUAAAUGUGGAGCUGUGAUGGUCCUGGCAGGAACCUUCCUGUUCAUCAUGAAUUAUUAUAAUUAUCGUAUGCUUGCCAAGGAGGAGAAGGAAAGAAAGGCAAAGGAAGAGAAUACUAAACCUGUAAGGACAGAAAAUGAAGGCAGAAAUAGCUGGAACAAAGAAACCACACGGGAUGGGCCUGAGCUGGAACCUUUGAGCAAGGAACAAGAAGGACUAAAGGAGGAAGUGAAUGGCAUAAAUGAAGUUUAAACCUGUUCUUGUGGACUGAACGGGAAAUUGCUUCUGGAUUGCUUAAGUGAACACCAGCUGCAAAAUCACACUAGGUUUUUAAAUUUUGCUCUGUGCUCUGCCAUGUGCAUCCUCUUCUUUGUUGCAGGAGAAAACUAGAACAGAAACAAGUCUAGCUUCUUAUAAAGUGCUGGGACACAGUGCAGUAUCCAUUUGUAUACCAAAGGUCCUGCAAGAUUUUUCUUUCCAUAUUUCCCAUUUCCCAGAAGGGGCUGAGUAAGGGUGUAGCUGAUACCCUACUUCUAUUCCCUCUACUGCAGCUCUACUCAGUGAAAAGGCCAAUGGCCAUCAGAGUCAAUGCAGAGCACUUCCAGCAGCCUGAAUGGGCUUUGUAUUGAGUACUGUGGUGGCUAGAUUUUCUCACUGUGCUAUCAAAACUCUUUGACUGCAGUCUCGGAAUUAUCCCAGGGAUUUGGUGCUGCCUUCCACUUGCAGCUGCACUGUGACUUGCACCUCUGUCUCAUGGAAAUGUAAAAUAGACCUUAUACUCACCUUAAAUACAAGAUGAGCGUGCUGCUUGGCAGCAAGGCAGCCUGUCCUUGUGGCUGGAGCAUGUUAGGAAGGAACUAACUUGGGGUGGCUCAUCAUGGCUUGACCAGGGACUUUCUCAGAGAAUUCUGCAUUUAGCAAAAUCUCUUGAGAAAGGUGGCAUUAUGUGGGGGGCCAGCACAAGGCUGACAUGCUAUAGGAGCCCUUCUUCCAUGUCUUUUGUCUGUGUGAGGCAGAAAUUUGGCCUUAAAGGGCUUAAAAUUUGGUCUAUGUUCAAACACUGCAAAUUCUUUAAAAUUUUUCUUAGGGGGCUGCAAAGUCCUUAUUAUCCAACAUCUGAGCACCUUACCAUUUUUAGUGUGUUUUUUCUUUACAACAUCCUGGUGAGGCAGUAACCGUUGUUACUGUUAAUUAAUUAAUUGUACAAAUGAAGAACUGAGGCGUGGAGGAGCUAUAGGCAUCAUUGCAUCAGAGAAUAGAGCUUAGCCGUGCCAGAGCUGAAAUGGGAUCCUCUGCCCCACAUUAGGUGCCUGAAAGCCCUACUGAGCACAGGUAUCCCUGUGCUAGAAGACAGAAAAUGACAUGAAUAGUCCUGCAUUAACCACAGCCCUCUCUGCAGCACUGCCUGCUUACUUUGUGCUUUAUAUUACUCAGAAUUAAUGAUUUUAAACACUGUCUCAGAGCUGUGACCUUGUGCCAUAUUUUUAUAAUCUGGUUAAGUUGCAUACAGCCUGGAGGGAAUCCAUACCCAGCUGCCUCCCUCUGGUUUGGGCUGGGUUAGGGACCUCCCUGUUGUUGGCACCACAGUACCUGGUGGUCUCAUGUCAUCUUGUAUGAAAUAAAGUUUCUGCAAGUCAGUGAUGCAGAGCUGGAGCUGAGGCUAUGUGAGAGGCUCUCAUCCACUGGUGAUAAUUUUUUUGCUGGGAAGAUCUGGACUCUGACAGCAAGCCCUGAUGUAUUUUAUAAUAAGCAGCUGUUGCCCAAGAGCCCUGGAUGCUGAGCAUGGCAUCAUGCAGUUGAAUUAUGAGCCUUUUGUGGAUUUGGCUCCAAGUGACUAGAUAAAAACAAGGACUUUUCAGGCAGAUACCCAAAUCCAAAGCUAACACCAGUCCAAAGGCUAGGUCUCCUUUUUCUUUGCUUCAAUGGUACCAUUAUGUGAUCGGACGGUAUUUUUUCAUGACUUUGUCACUGAGGAACCAUACCAGAUUAUCACUUAUGAAGAAUGGCUUGUAAAAAUACUUUCGUAAAUACACUAUCCUCUUAAACUUAGAUCAUUUGUAUCUUCUUGUACAAAACCUUUUCUGUGAAAUCUUUUGUUCCACUAAAGAGUAAUGAUCUUUGGCCAUUGACUUCAGUAGGACUUACAUUUUAUCCUUACAAAGUAUCUUGGUUUUUUCUCUGGAAAAAAAAAUAUCUAGACAAUAUA